ACGGGAGCCCUGGGCGGGCGGGGGUUUCGGCUUGGUUGGGCGCGGUCUGGGGUCGGGCUGCGUCUCCGAGGGGGAAGCGGUUUUACGAGCGCCCUUGACGCGUGGCCCGUGCUCGGGUGUCCACGAGACACCAGACCUCCCGGAUUAGGAGAGUGUAGCACGGCAGCGGGGUCUGCUUCCCUGUGGGCCCCGUCGCUCUCGCUCCUGAGUCCGCUGGAGGUCCCCGCUGUCGCCUCCGAAACGUGGCAGGAGCCAAGAUGGCGGCUGCGGCGCGGUGGGCGGGGCGCGGCAGCCUACCCGUAUUUGGACACGGGGACGGAGCUCCUUCCUCAGGGUGGCGGGGAAGUGUAUGACAGAGUCUCCGCGGGCGUCCAUCUUGUGCAACCUGAGCCGGAAGCAGGCGAGGUUGAUAAAGUGACCCGACGGCCGCGUGCUCUGAUCCUCUGCAAUCGAGAGUUACUAUGUGGCCGUUCUGCCUUGUGGGUAAAAAGAUGAAAUUGUCAAACUGGUUAAUCUCUAAUGGCACUCACCUUCUGGUUCCUCUUCAGGCUUCUCACAGCAUCCAGCAGCAGCAUUGCUGUAACCAACAAAGACACCUUCGAGUUAAGUACAUUCCUGGAUUUCAGCAAAGCCCCACAACAUGACCGAGAUGAGCUUCCUGAGCAGCGAGGUGUUGGCGGGGGACUUGAUGUCCCCCUUCGACCAGUCGGGUUUGGGGGCUGAAGAAAGCCUAGAUCUCUUAGAUGAUUACCUGGAGGUGGCCAAGCACUUCAAACCUCAUGGGUUCUCCAGUGACAAGGCUAAGGCGGGCUCCUCCGAAUGGCUGGCUGUGGAUGGGUUGGUCAGUGCCUCCAACAAUGGCAAGGAGGAUGCCUUCUCUGGGACAGAUUGGAUGUUGGAGAAAAUGGAUCUGAAGGAGUUUGACUUUGAUGCCCUGUUGGGUAUGGAUGACCUGGAAACCAUGCCAGAUGAGCUUUUGGCCACGUUGGAUGACACAUGUGAUCUCUUUGCCCCCCUAGUCCAGGAGACUAAUAAGGAGCCCCCCCAGACAGUGAACCCAAUUGGCCAUCUCCCAGAAAGUUUAACAAAAACAGACCAGGUUGCCCCCCUAACCUUUCUGCAACCUCUUCCCCUAUCCCCAGGGGUCCUGUCCCCUACUCCAGAUCAUUCCUUUAGUUUAGAGCUGGGCAGCGAAGUGGAUAUCUCGGAAGGAGAUAGAAAGUCAGACUCUACUGCUUAUAUUAACAUGAUUCCUCAGUGUGUAAAGGAGGAAGAUACCCCCUCAGAUAAUGACAGUGGCAUCUGUAUGAGCCCGGAGUCCUAUCUGGGCUCUCCCCAGCAUAGCCCCUCUACCUCCAGGGGCUCUCCAAAUAGGAGCCUGCCAUCUCCAGGUGUCCUCUGUGGCUCUGUCCGCCCCAAACCUUACGACCCUCCUGGAGAGAAAAUAGUAGCAGCAAAAGUAAAGGGUGAGAAGCUGGAUAAGAAGCUGAAAAAAAUGGAGCAAAACAAGACUGCGGCCACUAGGUACCGCCAGAAGAAGAGGGCAGAGCAGGAAGCCCUUGCUGGUGAAUGCAAAGAGCUGGAAAAAAAGAAUGAGGCUCUGAAGGAGAAGGCAGAUUCCUUGGCCAAGGAGAUCCAGUACCUGAAAGAUUUGAUUGAAGAGGUCCGCAAAGCAAGGGGAAAGAAAAGGGUCCCCUAGUUAGGGCAGUUAGAGGAGUGUUGUGUGCUUGUACAUAGUCUCCAGUGCUGAAACUGUGUGUUAACAAUAAAUUAUUUUGUAGUGGAAGU